AGACGCCUUACGUUUUUACACGGCGGUAAAUUAAAGAUGGCGAACUUCACAUGCUAAAAGAAAACAAAAAAUAUUUUUUGUCAAAUUUUGUAAUUACAGCUUAAUAAGCCAAAAUGUUUGUAGCCAAAAGUAUUCAGUCUGAUCAUAAAGAUUUGAUACAUGAUGUAUCAUACGAUUUCCACGGUCGAAGGAUGGCAACUUGCUCCAGUGACCAAACUGUAAAGAUCUGGGAUCAGGGAGAAGAUGGGGAAUGGAUCUGCAGUGCUAGCUGGAAGACACACAGUGGCUCAGUUUGGAGAGUGACCUGGGCACACCCUGAGUACGGCCAGGUUGUUGCCACAUGUUCGUUUGACCGUACAGCUGCAAUCUGGGAGGAAAUGGUGGAUGAGGUUCGGUCAGACGGUCAACACAGAUCGUGGAUAAAGAGAACAAGUCUAGUAGACAGUAGAACAUCAGUAACUGAUGUAAAAUUUGCUCCCAAACAUUUAGGCUUACAGCUGGCAACAUGUUCAACAGAUGGUAUUGUACGUAUAUAUGAGGCCCCUGAUGUAAUGAAUCUCAGUCAGUGGUCUCUUCAGCACGAGAUUACGUGCAAACUAAGAUGCAGUUGUCUUUCAUGGAAUCCUUCAAGAAGGCAUUCCCCAAUGUUAGCAGUAGGUAGCAACGAUUCCAACACUGCAGCAGGCGGGAAAGUGCAAAUUCACGAAUAUAACGAUGCCACAAGAAAAUGGAACAAAGUAGAAACUCUUGCCAUGGCGACAGAUGCAGUACACGAUGUUGCCUUUGCUCCAAAUUUAGGACGCUCGUAUCAUCUGCUGGGUAUAGCUAGUAAAACAUUGAAGAUAAUCAUACUGGAUCCUUUAAGGAGAGAUGCUACAUUAAGUGGUCAGACGGGGCUUACAAAAUUUGAACUGAAACAAAUUGGUGACUUCAACGAUCAUGAUUCACAAGUAUGGAGAAUAUGUUGGAAUGUUAUAGGAACUGUACUGGUGUCAUCAGGGGACGAUAGUUGUGUCAGAAUGUGGAAAGGUAAUUAUUUAGGCAACUGGAAAUGUAUAUCUGUGAUGAAAGGCGACGGUACCCGGGCAGAAGCUAGCAAUAGGAAUCAACAGAUGGUUAACUCGCAAGAGUUUGGAAAACAGUCAGGCCAAAUACCACCAAGAAGUCACCGUCGACAAAGCGACGUUGCCUAUCAUACAGAGAUGUUUUGAGCAUGUUAAAGGGCGCCAGCACAGGGUGUUAUGAAUAUAAGAAGAAGUGAUGGCUGGCCAACUUUCAAUACUAAAAAGGACCAGAGUAAAAUCGUGUUUUGAUGAUUAUUCAACUUAAAAGACAGUUUUGGAUAUCAAACAAU